CGCAUGAUUCCCUUGUCUAAAUCAGAAGGCUCUGCCGAUUAGAGCAAGAAGUAUACCUAGCUUCUGUGUCCGGCCGCGCAAGGUCGUUUCUGUUAAUUAUUCCUUUGGAUCUAGUCCGCUCUUUCUUUGGUCCAAGUAGCCUCCUGUCAUCUGUUGCAUGUUUCUUCUUUAUAGUCCGCUUUCGUUCCACAAUGCGCCUCAGUCUUUUCCCCCUCGCCCUCUUCGCGUCCUCGGCGCUGUGCCAGGACGCGGCGCACCAGUGGCAGGCUCCGGUCAGCGGUGAUCGCCGAUCACCGUGCCCCCUCCUUAACAGUCUCGCCAACCACGGCUACCUUCCCCGUAACGGCAUGGAUAUCUCGGUGGACGCGCUUAUUGACGGCAUGCACGCCGGGCUCAACCUCCGCGAGGACGCGAAGCUCUUCUUCCGCCUACAGGGUAACAAAGCCGUCAGCGCCUCAUCGACUGGCAACAAGGAGACCUUCCACCUAAACGAUCUAAACAAACACGAUCUCAUCGAGCACGACGCAUCGCUUAGCCGGGCCGACAUCUUCUUCGGCGACAACUGGUCCUUCAAUCAGACCAUCUUUGACGAGACCAAGUCGCACUGGCCAUCGGAGACCAUCUCCAUUAUGGACGCCGCCACGGCGCUGGUGGCGCGGCAGAAGAGUGCUGAGGCAGUUAACCCCGAGUUCAACCUGCCGCUUGACGGAUACACGAAUUCGCUUGGUCAGACCGCCAUGUACCUAGGCUUGUUCGGCAACUACGACAACGGAAACGCUAACAGGACUUGGGUAGAGUACUUUUUUGAGAAUGAGAGGCUCCCCUACGAGCUUGGUUGGAAGAGACGCUCUGAUGACGACAAGAUCCCAGCCACAGGCAUCUUGGCCCUGACGACUCAGGUUGCAGUAAACUACUUGGCAGUCAAGAUUGGCCUGUAGAUAGUAAUAUACUUUAUUUAAUGAAUAAA